UGUUAAGUGUAGCCUGGAGCACAUAUACACUGGGCUAAACUAUAGCCUACGACGAGUAACGAUUUUAAGCGGAUUACAAACAUAGAAAUCAUCAUGGGACACAACUAUAGCCAGAUUUUUAAAUUAUCUAGCCACAGUCAUUAUUAUUUUCGAACCAAACAUAAAACUGUAUCAAUAAAUGAGUGUGAGCGCGUGCGUUAGGCGCGCGCCCCCUAUUCCCUUGACCAUUUCUGACGUCAGUUCGCUUGGUAUUUUACAUUUGCGUUCUGAUCUACCAAACACUUUAUAAAGUAUCUAUAAUUGCAAUACGCCGGUGUCAGAUCAACCAAGGCGAGGGAAACGGUCCAGCAUGCGUAUUCUAUAACGGCUGAUGUUGCAGUUAUCGCAGUCAACCCGAGAUCUGGUGUUCCAGACAGGCUGUGACACUUGGUUAGUUGCUGGUCAGCUGCGUAGAAACCCACGCAGUCCACACUUAGUGACAGUGACAAUUGAGAAUGGAGAAAGCCGCAGCAGUAGUCGCUGGAUAUUUUUUUUAGGCAAAAGUGGCUCCGAUUAGUUAAUCGUAAAACUGUUUCUCUCUCAUUGCAAGCGAGAAGAUCUACCAUGUCUACAAAAGAGAGACAAAAAGGAAAGGUGACUAAAGACAGCGUUACCUUGCUGCCUUGCUUCUAUUUCGUUGAGUUUCCUAUCCUUGCUUCCUCUGUGGUCAGCCUGUACUUCCUGGAGUUGACAGACGUGUUCAAGCCAGUGCGCUCUGGCUACAACUGCAAUGAUCGGAGCCUGAGCCUGCCCUACAUUGAGCCUACGCACGAGGUCGUCCCCUUAUUGAUGCUACUCAGCCUGGCCUUUGCUGGGCCUGCAGCCAUGCAGAUAAUGAUCAGCGAAGCCGUUCUGUUCUGCUGCCUGUCGAGGAGAAAGAACGGCCUUGGAAGAGAGGUGAACAUCAAUGCAGCGGGAUGCAACUUCAACUCGUACAUUCGCCGAGCUGUCAGGUUUGUUGGGGUCCACGUGUUUGGGCUUUGUGCCACAGCUCUCAUAACAAACAUCAUCCAGUUGUCAACUGGUUACCAUGCACCGUACUUCCUUACAGUCUGCAAGCCCAACUACACCACGCUCAACACUUCCUGUGAUGAAAACACCUUCAUCAUGGAUGACAUCUGCUCUGGAGCUGACCCAGCCAUCAUAAACAGUGGCAGAAAAUCGUUUCCGUCCCAGCAUGCAACACUGGCUGCGUUUGCUGCUGUCUACAUUUCUAUGUACUUCAAUGCUACACUAACUGACUCCUCGAAGCUUCUGAAACCACUUCUGGUCUUCUCCUUCAUCAUAUGUGCCAUUAUCUGUGGACUGACGCGUAUCAUCCAGUACAAGAACCACGCUAUCGAUGUGUAUCUUGGCUUCCUAAUUGGUGGAGGCAUAGCUGUGUAUUUAGGCCUGUAUGCCGUGGGCAAUUUUCAACCUGGCGAGGAUGCAGCAGGCCAACAGGCACAGCUGCGGGACCCUCUCAGAUCCCUGACAGACCUCAGCCAGGAUGCCAGCAGACACAUGCAGCUUAAGAAUGGUAGCAGCAGCGACGGCAUCUCCUCACACUCAGAGAGCAUCCUCAGCCGCAACCACCGUGAGGCCAGCUCCCUCACCAGCCUGAAGAGAGCCAGUGCUGACGUGGAGGUCAUCACCCCCAGGAGCCCCAUGGGCAAGGAGAACAUGGUUACAUUCAGCAACACUCUCCCCAGGGUCCACACCCCAAUUCUGGACGAGGUUACCCGCCGCAAUGCCACCAUCCAUGCCUCCAUGGACUCUACUCGCUCCAAGCAGCUGCUGUCGCAGUGGAAGAGCAAAAACGAGAGCCGCAAGUUGUCCCUCCAGAUGAUGGAAACAGAGGACACCCCCUCCCCACCGAGGACAAUGGAAAUGAGGUCUAGCUCCGAGCCCUCCAGGGUGGGUGUCAACGGGGAGCACCAGGGCCCUGCCAGCCAGUACAUGAAGUUGGCCACCAGCAGCACCCCGUUACCCAGCACCAGCAGUGGUAUCGCAGGGGGCACCAGAGUUUCCAUUCCGUCCCGCCCUGGCUCUUCUCAGCUGGUCCACAUACCGGAGGAGACACAGGAGACCGUCAACAACUCUCCCAAGGGCAGCUCCACUCGCUCAAAAUGGCUGAAGGUGGCAGAGAAGAGCGGGGCCUGCAGAACUAACAGUCAGCCACGCAUCAUGCAGGUCAUUGCCAUGUCCAAGCAGCAGGGCAUGCUUCAGACUAGCCCGAACAGCUCGGAUGGCAGCACAGUCAGCUGCAUGGGCGCCAUACGGUACAGAAGCUUGACGGAGCCAGAGGUCACCGGCAUCGUGAGGGUGGAAGCCCACCCCGAGAACAACCGGCCAGUGGUGCCACCCCCCUCCACCGAUGGCAGUGGAUCGUGGAAGUGGAAGUCGCAGGAGAAGGGCAGCCUCCGCCAAUCAUGUGAGCUCAACGAUCUCAACAGAGACUCUGAAAGUUCGGAGUCUGUGAAGGACGGGAAUGGCUCCGCUCCAAAUUCCAGCGGCGAGCACCACCACCACCACGGCAUCACCACAAUCCGCGUGACGCCGGUGGAGGGGAGUGAGGCUGCCUCUGAAGCCAUGUCGGUGACCUCCAGCCGGGACUCCACCCUUCGGAGGAAAGGGAACAUCAUCCUCAUCCCGGAGCGGGGCAACAGCCCAGAUAGCACCCGGAGCAUCUUCUACAAGGGGACAUCACCAACUCCAACUUUAAAGGAAUGAGCCAUCCUUCAGCCUGUGGCCUUGUUUACAAGAGAACAGCAAAAUGAAAAAAUGAUUAUAGCUCACGUUGGUAUUUCCACAUCCACCCAGAGGUCCACUGUAUCGUACAAGCUAAUCCCUUUCCAGUGACUGUUUUCAGAUGAAUAUUGCUUUAUAUAUAUGAGAGGUUGCAUUGUGCAUGACUUUAUUUUUUGAAUCACAAGGAGGCACAAAUUUCAGAAUUGUAAAGCUGUUCACUGUGUAUUUGCUAAAUUUGUUUUUUCACUUUUGUAAUAUGAUACCAAUAUGAUCACCCUGCAAAUAGACUUAAUAGCAAAUAAUGUGUGUAUAAAAUGAAUUUAAUGGCAUUUUCAUGUAUUUGCCUCUCUCAAAGUUUGAUGCUGUCUCUGUAUGUCUCCAUUACUGUAAGGCCUCCAUUUUGUGCAAGUUUCACUCAUCAUGCCCAUUUGUUUGUUUGCUUGUUUUGUUUCAGAAAGUUUAAUUCCUUGACAUUUAUGAUAACAGAAGCCUAUAUUUUUUGCAAUUAAUAUGUUUAUUUAAUCAGUGCUGUACAGCCAUCUCAUUCAAAUUUGUUUCUAAAUAUGUGCCUCUAUAAAAUAACAUAUUUAAAUGGAAACAAUAGUGUUUAAAAGCUGUUGUAUUAGAGCUUUACCAAAUGCUGAACAUGCAUACUUUAGCAGUUUCUAGAAGGGUGGAUUUUUGUUAGGCUCUCGAAUUGUCUUGUAAACUGGAGAACAGUCUUGUGUCAUGAGAAAGUAUAGUGUUGAUGAUUGACCUUAAGUGCUUAUUUUAGUAUACUAUUUAUUUCAAUGAAAAAACAAUUUUAUCAAUGCAAAGCAGCUCUUCACCUGCUCCUGCACAUUUAAAAUUAAUUCAAUUAAAAUGUAUUCAUUUUAUUUUUAUAAACCAUAAGCAGCUUGGAAUUUGAAUGAACACUGCAAAGCCAUUUGGCAUUAAUGUAUUUUUCCCCAUUUACUUUUUAUUAAGCUUUUAACUUAUGGAAUUAAAUUAGGCAAAUUACAUGCAAUAAGAAAAAUAAAAUAACAAAUGAAAAAAAUAAACAAAUAAUGAACAUUUAGAGACGAAAAAUGCAAUGUUUUGUAGACACCUAUUUCUCGUUGUGCUUUUCCCUAGUAAAUUCUCUUCAACUAUUUUUGUCAUGAAAAAAGACAAAUGUGUCAGUGGUCCAAAAGAAUCAAUUUGUGGUUAAAACAUUAGGCUCCUCUGUAGCUUUAUGGAAGUAUUGUACCCAAUCCUUACUCCUAAGCUUUCCAUUUUGUGCAUACACAUUUGGUGAGCGUGUCUCUUUCAAGAAUAUAUUAUAUUAUAUAAUUAAGCUGCAGAAUGGUGGAUGGCCUUAAAAAUAUAGAAAGUACAAUUAAACCCCAUCCAUCCACCCACCCCAUCACCCCACACCCUUGAAAGGUGCAUGUGUAAUUGAAACACAUUACAUGCUGUUUGGUUUAUUUGAGCAAAAUCAGUUUCUUCCAUAAACAUUACUUUCACCUUGAGAAGCUGGUGAAAUAGUAGCACUGCUUGUUCCCAUUUUUCAUCUGUUACUGUGGCAGUUGUGAGUACAACAUUUGUACUAUGGACAUUAUGUUUUUCUCACAGUGUGGGUUACUGUAUUUGAGCUGGUCUAAGCUGAAAAUCAUUGUAAAGCACUGCCUUAGAGCGUUCUCACACUUACUGCAGUAGAUGUGCUGGUCAUGCUCUUCAGUCCAUGUGCAUUUUGUUGUCCAGUAGGGUACAUACAGCAGGGUUAAGUGGUGGUGUGUGUUCUAGAAUCAAAUCUCAACAGGAGGAAAAUUUGUGCAUUUAAUUACAACUUGUAACUCAAGAUUACUGUUAAGGAUGUGUUUAUUUCAGAGUUUAUUCAUUUUAUUUACCUAUUCACUCCGGACAAUAUUACUGACAGUGCUCAAUCUUCUUGUCCAGUUAGACAAAUAUAUAGAAUAGAAUUGCGGUAAACAAUGUACUCUUUGUGAAAUGUGACCAGUUUAUAGUCUUCAAAUGUUGCACGGUUUAAUGUUUACACUAACUUUUCAAGGGGCCAUAGGAUUCCUAAGUAAAUCUGUUAUAUAGAUUUUAAGAUCUAUAAAAGGGUAUAUAGAUUGUGCCAUUUUAAAGUUCACAAUACAUCAUGAUAUUUCUUUAUAAAAUUUAUAUAAAAUGUUUAUCUUUGCAUAAAUUUAUAAUGCAUUUACUUGAUAAGUUUAAAUGAAAUCAAAAAACACAAUAUGUUUUUGAUUUACCAUAGUAAAUUCAAUGUCAAAUUAAUUCUUAAAAUUAGUAAGAUUACUUUUUGUUUUCAAAUGCUGUUGUAAAACUUUGAUAUUAGAAGCAAUGUAUUAAAUAAUUUUCACAUAAUUGGAUACAUAGAAGCAAAUACCACAUUCUGAGUUCAUGUGCUUCCGUUUCUAGCCAAGUUAACAUUAGCUACACAAAACAGAUGUGUGUUCCUGUGAGAAUCACAGAUAGUUAAGGCACAUAGUGCAAGUUUAUUGCAUGGUUAUUUGAUACAAACAUUAGCUAUAUGACCAGCAAAUAUAGCAAAUUUACUAUUGAAUAGUAAACAAGAUAUAAAUGUUUGUUUGCAAGGUUUUAGGAAGGGAAAUCAUUUUUCUUUGUUUGUAUGGUUGUUAUAUAAUUGCAUUGUUUAUGUAGUUUGUGUGUAUAGCCAUUUAUAUGCAAUUAAGGUCCACAGUUAUUUUAUAAUGUAGGCCUGUGCUUAAUUAGCUGAAUGUCACAUCAUCUGUAUGUCAGACGCUGUCCUGUAAUGUUUAAUAAUUUACAUUGCCCAUUUUUUUAAGUUGUAAUUUUAACAGUUUUAGAGCAGCAUUUUAUGAUGUAAAACUUAGUCGUCUUUUAAGAUGUUGCAUUUGUGUGAAUUCACAGGAAACAAAAUAUUAAUUAGCUUAUUUUUUGUUUGAUUGUAGAAGAUAACACACAAAACACAAGUUUUCUUUUCAUACAAUGCCUUGAUUUUAAGUCUAUGAUUAGUUUAAAAAGUUGUCAUUUCUGCAUUUUUAAAAAAUAUAUCUUUAUUUGGAAUUGGCUGAUUCCUUAAUUUAUACUCACUAAAACAGCUCACUUCAUAUCUUUGUACCGCUGUAAGUUUAUAUUUGUUACUGUACCAGAAUACAUUAUUUAUCAAACCAUUGUCAAGACAGUAAUCACAGAAAAUAAAUUGGACAUACAGUUUUCAGAUGAUGGGAUGCAUGUAAUAGAAGCGAUCCAUGUAAGUACGGUACUUGUGUACAUGUCAUAUAAUAUUAUUUUUUUGUAAUUAUCUGUACAAUAUUUACUUCUCUGUGUCUACGUGUGUGUGUGUGUGUGUGUGUGUGUGUGUUUGCAAUGCUCUAUGAUUGCUGAUUGACUAAUCACCAGGAGAACAAUAGCCUUGUGUUUCAAGACAGUUGGAUUUAACAUACUGUACACAUCUGACAGGGUUGACAGGGUGAAAUUAUGCCUGUCUGUAUACUGAAAUAAAUGUUUCCUACCAAAAUUAAAACAGUUGGUUCUUUUUAUCAUACAAUGCAAUGGUCAGGAUUACAUCACUUUAGGUAGUUGUUAGCCUUAUAUCAUGUUGUUUUACUUACGUGCGUAUUUUGUAUACUAUAUGCAUGUGUUUCUAUCAUGUUUUCAGCUUGAAAGAUACUGUCAGCUUAAGUCAAUAGGCAAACUUAACUGUCUGCAUUCUCAGUUGAAGGCCUCUUUCAUGCAUCUCAGGGAUUCUGUGUGCCAGUAUUUUAUCAUAACAUUCAGAGCUGCUUAUUAUUUGCUUGUUCAGAUUAUUGUUCUACGCUUUAAUUUGUCAUAGGAAUGCAAGAACAGGAAAGGGAGAAAGGAGCAUGCAAUCCCUUCCUCAAUUUUACCACUUAUCACGGCAUCUGGCUUUAGCACUGCUGCAUUAAUUCCACCCAUGCAUGGAGACAACAGGGAAAUGGGGUCUUGUUAGAUUUAGCCUGUGCAAUUAUCAUCCUGACGUCUAAAGUGGGCCACAGAAUUGACCUAAAAUGAGAAUAUCCAUAGAUAUAAUUUAUCUCUGAAGAUAACCUGGCAUUCUUCAGAAAGGAGGUUAGUCUGGGUACCUUUGCCCUGCUUACACGAUGUAGCUGCAAGCAAAAAGUUUAACUUCAAAUGUAUAACAGCCUGUGUGGUUUACCACUAGAGGUAUGAUGGCUGAAUGAAUUCUAUUAAAAUGGAGUCAGUAUGAGAGACAGCUUUGUAGAUAUAUGCAAAAUGCACUGAUAUCACGACCACUUUUAAUAGCCAUGA